AUGUUCUUCCACCACCUCAAUAUCCCGAUAGAGCCACCACCACCACCACCGCCAGACUCGGAAGAUACAGAAAGGCUGCUCAAAGCCUCAGACCCCUCUGUGCACAGCAAGAAAUGCCGGCGCAAGCGAGAGAGACAGGACCUUCGUGUGGGGCUCAAAUCGUGCAUUGUGACCAGCUGCGUUUGGCUCCUCGUAUUCGUCGUGGUAUUGAAUACACCGCUCAUGAAAGAAGUAAAGCCGGAGUGGCAAGACGUUCGAUUCAACGGCACGUUUCUGCACGAAAAUGUAUAUCGGCAAGGUGCGGGUCCCCAGGUUGAUGCCGCAUGGGAGGCUCUUGGGAACAUCCUCCGCAAGUCCCUUCACUGGAACUACGAUUACUACCUCGCGGAGGGAAAGCCACCCUUUUCGAAUAGCGAAAAUAUCGUCCGGAUCCACGUCACGCACUGUCUGGAUAUUCUCCGGCAGCAAUUGAUGUGCGUUCCCGACGUCGGAGUGCUUGGACAGGUGUGGUAUAAGCUGGAAAGCAUGCCGCAGCCGCAGCCGUUUGUCGACUUCAAUACGGAGCAUCGAUGCCGAGACUUUGAGGGCGUGCGAGCGUGGGCGGAGAAACAUCAGCUGCCGGAGGAGAAGGAUGUGGAUCUGGAGCAUUUCUACAGGAUGCCGGGGCCGGGAGCGAUGAUAUACUCGAAGAUACCGUAA